GAAGUGAAAAGGACGUCAGGAAACAGCCACGAGAGAUUGGGUUUGCAGGGGCCGAGCAGCGCGGGCCGGCGCGCAUGGGAGAUGCGGAGUGCCCCGCGGGGCGGGUGGCGCCGCCGGAGCCGCCACGGGCCGCCGUGCCUGAGCUGAGCGGCUCCGCCUCCGCGUGCGCAGGGAGUACGGGCAGCGGGGACGGGAGGUGAGCGCCCAUCCCCGCGGCGGCGGCCGCCCUUUCCCCGCGGCGGAGCAGGAGGAUGCAGCCCGGCGCUGGGCUCUGAGGGAUGGAGGGGGUCCUGUACAAGUGGACCAACUACCUGGCAGGUUGGCAGCCUCGGUGGUUUGUUUUAGACAAUGGGAUAUUGUCAUACUAUGAUUCACAGGAUGAUGUUUGCAAAGGCAGCAAAGGAAGUAUAAAGAUGGCUGUGUGUGAAAUAAAAGUUCAUGCAACAGACAACACAAGAAUGGAACUAAUCAUCCCAGGGGAACAGCAUUUCUAUAUGAAAGCAGUUAAUGCAGCUGAAAGGCAAAGAUGGCUGGUAGCACUGGGGAGUGCAAAAGCCUGUUUAGCAGAUACUAGAACAAAAAAAGAAAAAGAAAUAAGUGAGACCAAUGAAUCUCUUAAAACCAAAAUGUCUGAACUUCGUCUCUACUGUGAUCUUUUAAUGCAGCAAGUUCAUACAAUACAAGAAUUUGUUCACUAUGAUGAGACUCGCUCUCCUUCCAGCAUUGAGAACAUGAAUGAAGCUUCUUCCUUGCUUAGUGCCACAUGUAAUACAUUUAUCACAACACUUGAAGAGUGUGUGAAGAUUGCUAAUGCCAAGUUUAAACCAGAAAUGUUCCAGCUGCCUCACCCUGAUCCUUUAGUUUCUCCAGUGUCACCAUCACCUGUCCAAAUGAUGAAGCGUUCUGUUAGUCACCCUGGUCCUUGCUAUUCAGAUAGGAAUAAUCACGCCAUAAAAGAACCAAUUUCAUCUGCUCAUAGAUUUUCACAGCGGCGCAGAAGAACGUACUCUGAUACAGAGUCUUGCAGUGAUACUCCUUUUGAAGAUUCUCAGAGAUCUGCUCACUGUUCUAGAAGUGCUGUCAAUGGAGAUCUGGUAUCAUCAACCAUUCCUGAAGAAAAUAGAUCAGUAUCAAAGGAAAGAUCUGAACUGGAAGAGACUCUUUCAUCCUUUUCUUCCUGAAGAAACUGAAAGUAUUCAAUUUUCUAUAAAUAAUGCUAUGCAAAAGCUGCUGUAAUUAUACUGUUGUUAUAGGAAGUAGUAAUUUCCCUUUUUAGAAGGAUUUCUGCACUUUAUAGAAUAACAUAAAAACUAUCUUUGAAGUGUAUUUUAUCUUUAUACAGUUUAUUUGCAAGAGUAUUUUCCUAAUAUUUCACUGUUUGAAUGUGUGUUUUUUGGAACAAAUGAUGGCUUAACAGAUAAGCAUCUGCUUUUGUAAAUGUAGCUCUUUUUAAGAAGUGUGAAGGUCUGACUGAUACAUCAGCAAACCUCCAGGUUAUAAACUUCAGCAAAAAGGUUUCUUUUUUUUGAGAAAAUACAGCUUGUGCCAUGGGCCUCUUGGCCAUGUGUAGCAGGUCAUCCAGAAGGAGUUAUGAUUAGCCCUGCAGUUGGUAUUUUUGCCUGUGUGAGGGCUGUUGAAUGGGCACUGAUGGGUCUACUCUAGCAGCUUGAUGGUAAUUGACAUUGCCUUCUUGAAAAACACAAGGAUAUACAUAAUCCGGUCCUUAUUUUUAGCCAAUGAAAGUAGAAAUAUUUAGUGUAUUUUUCUAAAUAAAUGUAUAAAAAUAACUUAAUAUGAAGCAUUUGUACCAAACAUUGAAUAUUUAAUAAUUUUUAUUUAUUUAUUCUUUUUUGCAUCAAAAAUUUCUACCUACUUUCACUA